AUGCCUCAGAACGAAUACGUCGAGAGAUGGCAGAAGCUGCACGGAAAGCGAUUUGACGCCGACGAGAAGGCUCGCAAGAAGCAGGCCCGUGAAGGCCACAAGGCCUCUAAGGAUGCACAGAACCUGCGCGGUCUGCGGGCCAAGCUGCACCAGCAGCAGCGCCACAAGGAGAAGAUCCAGAUGCGCAAGCGCAUCAAGGCCCAGGAGGAGAAGAACGUCAAGUCCAACACCGAAGCCGCCGAUUUGUCGUCCGCCGUGCCGCACUACCUGCUCGACCGCUCCGAGGCCACCAACGCCAAGGCCCUGUCCUCCGCCAUCAAGGACAAGCGUAACGAGAAGGCCGCCAAGUUCGCCGUGCCCAUUCCUAAAGUGCGCGGUAUCUCGGAGGAGGAGAUGUUCAAGGUGGUGAACACAGGAAAGAAGACCCAUAAGAAGGCGUGGAAGCGGAUGAUCACGAAACCCACUUUCGUCGGUCAGGAUUUCACGAGACAGAAUGUGAAAUACGAGCGAUUCAUCCGACCCAUGGGUUUGCGUUACAAGAAGGCCAAUGUCACCCACCCCAAGCUCGGCGUUACGAUUCAGGUCCCUAUCCUCAAUGUCCAGAAGAACCCCAACAACCCGCUGUACACUCGUCUUGGAGUUUUGAGUCGGGGUACCAUCAUCGAAGUCAACGUCAGUGACCUGGGAAUGGUCACUACGUCAGGCAAGGUGGUUUGGGGUAAAUGGGCACAGGUUACCAGUAAGUGUGUCGUCUGA